UCAAAGAUCUUGAUGUAUCAUCAUCCCCACCACCACUCUGCAAAGCUUUAGAUAGUUCUAGUUCAUUGCUACCCCAAAAUCAUUCAUAUUUCAGACCCUCUCAUUGAUCAUCACACCCAAAGAAUCCAAAAUCUUCCUUUGUUUUUACCUCUGAAAAACAACAGUUUCCCUCUGUCCCUCCUCUCUAGUCUCUAUACAAACGCUAUAAACAAGAAUGCACCUUUAGAUAGAGUCCAUUCAGGAAUUCAAGAACCAGAGAAAAGGAUUGAAGAAAGAAAGAUAAUUAUUGUUACAAAAACUCCAAAAACUUCAUCUUUUUUAUUCAUCAGAAACUCAGAACUGCUUUCUCUCCUCCAAAAUCCAUUCAAUUAGAUAAAAGAAAACAAACCCAUUAUCAAAAUCAAAUCUUGCAUUCAAAUUUUCUGAUAAUUUCAUCACUACACAUUCGAAAAUGAUGGAAUUUUGGACAUCAAUGGCAUCUAUAAUGGGAAUUUUCGCAUUCAGCCAGACAUUGCUCCACACAGUAUUCCCACCAGAGCUACGUUUUGCAUCAGUCAAGCUCCUGAACAAAAUCUUCAACUGGUUCUCAUCUUACUGUUACUUCGACAUCACAGAAAUUGAUGGUGUCAAUACUAAUGAACUCUACAAUGCUGUUCAGCUUUACUUGAGCAGUUCUGCUUCCAUUACUGGUACUCGUCUUUCACUCACCAGAGCUUUAAAUUCGACUUCUUUCACAUUUGGGUUGUCGAAUAAUGACUGUAUCAUCGAUACCUUCAAUGGCGUUACUGCUUGGUGGGAACAUUUUGUUACUCAGAGACAGUCGCAGACAUUCUCAUGGAGACCAUUACCAGAUGAGAAAAGAGGGUUCACUUUGAAAAUUGAGAAGAAGAAUAAGAAGAUGAUUUUAUCAUCGUAUCUUGAUUUCAUCAUGGAUAAAGCUAAUGAGAUUAGAAGGAAGAAUCAAGAUCGAUUGUUGUAUACAAAUUCUCGUGGGGGUUCGUUGGAUUCUCGUGGUAAUCCUUGGGAGUCUGUUCCAUUCAAACAUCCAAGUACUUUUGAUACAUUAGCCAUGGAUCCUGUUAAGAAGUUGGAAUUAAUGGCGGAUUUAAAAGAUUUUGCAGACGGCCAAUUGUUUUAUCAGAAGACGGGCAGAGCUUGGAAAAGAGGGUAUCUGCUUUAUGGUCCACCCGGGACAGGGAAAUCAAGUAUGAUUGCUGCUAUGGCUAAUUAUCUUGGUUAUGAUAUAUACGAUCUUGAAUUAACUGAAGUUAAUACUAAUUCCGAAUUGAGGAAGCUGUUAAUGAAAACCACUUCGAAAUCGAUUAUCGUGAUUGAAGACAUCGAUUGUUCUAUAACUCUGAAUAACAGGAAGAAAUCAGGUGCAAGAAGUGGUGGACAUUACGAUUCUUCUCCGACUGAUUUGAUGAGAAUUGGGUCUAUUAGCCCGAUGGGUGAAGAACACGGCGCGAAUUCGAUUACUCUUUCGGGUUUAUUAAAUUUCACUGAUGGGUUAUGGUCUUGUUGUGGCAGUGAAAGGAUAUUUGUGUUCACAACUAAUCACAUCGAGAAGCUUGAUCCUGCAUUGCUCAGAUGUGGCAGAAUGGAUAUGCAUAUUUUCAUGAGUUUCUGUUCUUACCAAGCAUUGUUAAUUCUGUUCAAGAAUUAUCUAGGAUUCGAGAAACAUGAGCUAGAAGCUGAAUUGAUGAAAGAAUUUGAGAGUGUGAUUGAUAAAGCUCAGAUGACACCGGCUGAUAUUAGUGAGGUUUUGAUUAAGAACAGAAGGGAUAAACAUAAAGCUGUUUUGGAGCUGUUGGGAGCUUUGAAGAGCAGAGCAAUGAAGAAUUCCAUGAUUGUUGUUCAAGAUGUAGAAGAACAAGAGAAAAGGGCUUUAGAGAUGACUACAACUGAAGAAGAGGAGGAAGAAGAAGAGAAUUGUAAUGAUGCAUUGCUUGAGACUUGUAGCAGUAAACAAGAGAAGAUGAAUUAAUGGGGUUAAUUAGUAAGUUAGUUACAUUUAAGUAGAAUAGAAUUUUCAAGGCAUUGACAGAAAUGCUGAUUUCAGUUCUCCCUUGCCCUUUUCUUUUCUUGCUUUGUUUUUGGUGUCUUAGAAUUAUGUAUGUUGUUUGUUUUAAAUCUUUUGAUUAGCAAGUUUUUAGUAUUGGUUAUUUUGUUUUUGGUA